AUGAGUGCAUCAAGAAUAUAUCUUCCUGGAGCUAAGAAAAGAGCAAAGAAAAGAAGAAUAGAAGAACUAGUGAAAUCUCAAUCAGGUUCUCUGUUAAAGUAUUUUAAAAGACCAGCAUCCCUUCAAACUGAUGAGGUUGAUGAAACUAUUGAGGAUAGUAGUGAAACUGGUGAGGUUGAUGGAUCUGAACCAGAGGAUGAUGAGGUUGAUGGGGUUAGUCCAGAAGAGAAUACAGAUAGAGCUGAGAUAGAUGAUGAAGAUGUCAAUUUAAAUGCAGGGGACGAGCAUUUUAAAGAAGAUGAUUCAACCAUUGAUCUUAUGGAUCCUGGAAAUUGGAGAAAAAUUGAUCAGAAGCUAAGAGAUUAUGUGGUUCAGAAAGGUCCUCUCCCACCACCAUCUGAAGAUUAUAUUUUCCUCAAAAGUGUAAGUGGUAGACACUUUUCUCAUAAACAUUACAAAAGGAUCAUGAAAAAUGGAGAUAUGCAUCAGCGGCGUUGGUUAGUUUAUUCAACAACAUUCGACAGGAUCUAUUGUUUUUGUUGCAAGUUGUUCACCCGUUACAAGGAGACUACUCAACUAGCAAGCAUUGGGUUUCUGGAUUGGAAUAAUACUGGAAUAAGGCUGAGCCAACAUGAAACUAGUCAUGAUCACAUUAUGUGUAUGAGCCAGUGGAUGGAGCUAGAGAUGAGGCUGCAAAAGAAGCAGACAAUUGAUAAGUGUGUCCAAGAGGAAAUCGAAAAAGAGAAGAAUCAUUGGAGGGAGCUUUUACUGAGAUUAUUUUCUGUGGUGGAGUAUUUGGCUAAGAGUAAUAUAGCUUUUCGGGGAUCUAAUGACAAAAUUGGUCAAGAGAACAAUGGAAAUUUUCUGGGGAAUAUUGAGAUGAUUGGUAAAUUUGAUCCUGUAAUGAGGGAGCACAUUAGGCGAAUCACCAAAGGAGAAACCAAAUACCAUUAUCUCAGCUACAAAAUUCAGAAUGAGUUGAUUGGUAUUCUGAGUUCUGAAAUCAAGUCUAUGAUCAUCAAGAAGAUUAAAGAGGCCAAAUUCUUCUCGGUUAUUCUUGAUUGUACUCCAGAUAUCAGCCACAAAGAACAAAUGUCUCUCAUUAUUCGAUGUGUGGAUAUAUCAGUGAGUCCAGUUCAGAUUGAAGAAUUUUUUCUCACUUUUCUCGAAGUUGAAGAUAAAUCAGGAAAAGGGCUUUUUGAGCUACUAUGUGAUACACUGAUUGGUUUGAAGUUGGAUAUUAAUGAUAUCAGGGGACAAGGUUAUGACAAUGGAUCAAACAUGAAAGGAAAAAACAAAGGAGUGCAGAAGAGAUUGUUGGAUAUCAAUCCAAGAGCAUUUUAUACACCAUGUGGCUGUCAUAAUCUGAAUUUGGCUAUUUGUGAUAUUGCUAAAUCUUCUGAUAAAGCGAUCUCUUUCUUUGGGAUUAUCCAUCACCUUGAAAGCGUGAAGGCAAUACGUUUUAAGGCUCCAGAAAUCAGAGAUGUCUUACUUUACUUUGCAGAAAACAGUAAGGUUCCAGGAGCGCGGAGUGAAGCUGAAUGUCUUGCGAUAAGUGAAACACAUGGAAUCGAAGGGUUUGAGUUUUUGUUUGGUAUGGUUAUAUGGUACGAUGUUCUAUUUGCUGUCAAUACUGUGAGCAAGACGCUACAGUCUGAAGAUAUUGAUAUUGAUGAUGCCAUUGCUCAGCUAAAGGGGUUGGUUUCUUUUUUCCAAAAGUAUAGAGAAAUGGGAUUUGAAGAAGCAAAAGCUGAAGCUUCAAAAAUUGCGGUUGCUAUGGAUAUUGAACCCAUGUUUAACAAGAAGAAGAAGCGCCUUAUUAAAAGGAAAACUCAUUUUGAUGAAGAGCGAGACAAAGGUGAUGAUGUUUGUCAGGUUCUAAGUUCGGAGGAUGAUUUCAGAAUCAAUUAUUUUAUCAAAAUGAUGGACCAAGCUCUUGUUUCUUUCCAAACAAGGUUAGAACAAUUUAAAGAGUAUGAAGAUAUUUUUGGGUUUUUGUUCAGUCUGCGAAAGCUCAACUCAACAAGCGAUAAUACUUUGAAGAGUAAAUGUUCUAACCUUGAAGCUUUUCUGAAGCAUGGAGCAGAUUCUGAUAUUGAUGGGAAUGAUUUGUUCAUGGAAAUCAAAAUGUUCAGAGAAGUUUUGCCCAAAACUUUCAAGAAGAAUGUAGAAGUACUAGAUUAUUUGAAGAGAAUGAAGGACAGCUAUCCGAGUAUAUGGAUUGCUUACAGGAUAAUGCUCACCAUUCCGGUUUCAGUCGCUUCAGCUGAAAGAAGUUUUUCUAAAUUGAAAUUGAUAAAGUCUUAUCUACGAUCUACUAUGUCACAGGAAAGGUUAAACGGAUUGGCUAUAUUAUCGAUUGAGAAAGCUUUAAUUCGAAAUCUCAAUUAUGAAAGUUUGAUGAAUGAUUUUGCUGAAAAAACUGCGAGAAGAGUUAUUUUUCAGAAUUGA